UUGAAGCUAAGGAAGAACACCAAAUUUCACUGCCAAUGUGUACAUAAGCGGAAAGUAGUGGCUAUCACUUUUAAAUUACUACGAUUAGCAGGAAAUGUUGUAAGAACUCACCUUCUCACAUUGAGCAACUGUGGUGCUGGCACUUGUAUCGUAGCAAUACUUCCACGCGGAGUUGAAAUUGGGCGAUUUCUACUGCUCUCGCUGUCACUACUCGAUGGAAUAACUACUAUCUUUGGUGAUGGAGCUGGCGGUGGUGAUAGAGGAGGUUCGCCAGGCUGCGCACUUUGUGGACGAGACGAUGAAGCUACCGACAACCUAUAA